AUGAAGUUGAUCCACGAAUCGCUUGUCGUGAUUUUUUCCUUUGCGACGAUUCUGGGGGCCGGUCGAACGGCGGGAAAGAACGUCGUGGUUCCGUGUGCUGGGUCCAAAAAGGAUGUCUGGUGCGGCCGCUUGAAUGUCCCAAAGAGCAACAAAGGCGGCGCGGCAAUCUUCCUUCUUCAAAAACCUUUCAAACUCAAAACCAAAACUAAAAAUCGUCCCGAGACGGUAUUGGUGUGUGAUUCGAGGGACGUGUUCAAGCAGCUCUGUUGUCCCUCUACCUUCAAACCGGUAUGGGUCGAUGAAGGAAACCGCGAUGUUGAUGAAAUGAUUUGGGGUUUUUGUGUGAUCAUGGAUGGGAUUAAUGAGCAGAGACCGGUCAAAGGAGUCAAAGACGCUUUCACAGCCUCGCCCAAUGAAGUCAACAAGGCUUGCACCCCGCCGUCGACAACAACAGUCAAGAAAACUAAUUAA